AUGGCUCUCAAUCCUAGGGAAAUGGAGGAAGCUGAGACCGCCCGCCUCAAUGCGAUGCAAAUGGCCGAUCUGGGCACUGCUCGUCGUGAACGCAUUUCCACCGAAGGUAACACCCGACAGCGUGUCCGUGCCGCGUUGGACGACCUCGAGCGCAAUCGAGCCGUCAACAUCGUCGGUUCUCCCGAGCAGUUGCAGGCUGAGGCAAGUCAGAUCAUGUUGAAAGCGUGGGACGACUUUCUAAAAAGAGCUUCAGAGGACACAGGCCAGAUAGAGCAGCUCGAUGAUCUCAUGCAUGGCCAGACCCACCGUGCUCAACUCACUGCAACACUGCAUAGCAAGCAGGCUCCCCACCAGCCUGUGGUCAGGCAUGCAAGAUCUGUCAGUCACCAAACAAAUCACCCCUACCAGAGGCCAUCCCCCCGCUAUGGUGGUGGCACAAUGGGUACUAGAACACGCUCUCAGGUUUCAGCCACUAGAAACUCCACCCAUGUUGGGGUAUACGACUUUCCUUCGAACAUGCCAACCAGACUAGAUCCUGCGCUGGAUAUCAAUAAUCCAGAUGAUCCAAGCUCCCGUCCAGCACGCGGCCGGUCUGCACAUCGUACUCAAGGUAAUAGAGGCGGCCACGCCUCUUUCAGGGCUAGACCGCAGGAAUUUAAACCAAGAAGCGACGAGCUGGACGAGAGGUAUUCCAAACAGCUGCCCAACCCGGCCGACUUCAUGGCCUCAAUUCGGCGGUCAUCUUCAGUCCUGGGAACCCUGCCUCAAAAGCGUGCCCCAGCUACAAAGCCUGCCCCAGCUACGAAGCCUGCUGCGACUACAAAGCCUGCCGGGAAGUCUUCACUUGGCGAUUCAAAGUUUGCCACUCCUGCGUAUUCGACUCCAGCUGCGAGUUCCGCGAAAGCUCCACGAACUCCAACCCGGGCUCGUCGUACUGUGUUUAGGGAGAAGACCGCUGGCUUUAGUACUCGUGCGAAGGCGGCUCGUCCAAAGCCAAUUGAUGAGCCAGAUUCAAGUGAUGAGCAACAGGAGGAGAAAACGAGCGAGGCUCCAGCUGCAGUUCUCUUGGAUAUUGACCUAGAUGCUGAAGAGCGUGGCGAGGCUCAAGUCCAACAGUUGUUGCACAGCCCUGGCGUUGCAGAUCUGACGGGGAUCACUUUCCCCAAGGGGGGAAAUAUUAUGCCUCUGAGUACCGAGUCUGCUGUUUCGAGCGCGUUCAAGGCUUGGCUCGAGACCCCUGAGUUCCGCGAACACAUGACGAAGGAAAUGACGCGUGUCCUACUUGUCUACCGCUAUCUCGAGGGCCAUGCAGAUAACCGCGGCCAACCCAAGUCUCAGCAUCCAGCAUCCGACUUCGAACAGACCCAUGCAGAGCUAAGCUCCACUACUCAGGCUGAGCUUCAAGCCGUUUCGAGACAAGCUGUUGAUGAUUGGUUCAAGGGCACUCCGAUGCAUUUGCUGACCACAGCACAUGCUCCGCCAACAGCAACACCCACAUCCGGACAACGUCAUGACCAAGUGCCGCCCCUGUCUACUCCCAGUACUACAGUUUCCACUCCUACCCCUAGCCAGGGUCAGGAGUCUGCUUUGCCAAAGGCAGUUCCAAGCACGAAAAGUUCCGAGCCGAAGGAAAAGCAGGAAAUUUCACUCCCGAAGAUUGAGACCACAUCUCCGGGGUCUGAGACGGUUCAGGUUAGCGAAAUUGGUAGCUUUGAUAACUACCGCACUCCCCCGCGAAGUGCCUCGGUCACUGACUCUUCUGAUGAGAAGAAACAACGCCAGAUUGAUGCGUCACUGCUGUCCCCAAAGAGAAAAGAUGUUUCUUCUGACGUACCGACUAUGGAAUUCGAAUCGCUACAGGUUUCUGAACGUCGAUCCAUUCAGAAUACUCCCAAGGAGCCUCCAUCGCUCAUUGAUUUUGAUGAAGACCUGACCCCAACCAAGGGAACGACCAUCAAGACCACCGCCAAACAACCAAUACUUGGUUCGAUGGAGAGUUCGAUGUUUGCAAGUCCUGUGGAUAUGGCGCAGCAUCAAAUCGGUAAGAUGAAGGCCGGUCCCCUCUCUGAAGAGAAUACGAUCCUAGGCAUCUUCAAGGGCCCUGUGAAUGCUCCAGCUUCUCAUAAGGUUGUCCAAAGCGAAAUAUCAAGCCCAGCCGUCUCCGAGCUACAGCGAUCUACUUUGGUUCAAAGCAGCUCAAAUGUUCUGAAAGAUGGUCCUACAAAGGGAGCAUCGGCAGCAGCAGGACCCAAGUCACUGCAGCAAGCCCCCACUGAGAUGAAGUCUCGGGCUCUGUCUGGAGGUAUGGAGGCGAGCAGGUGGGCGUUUUCUGAUGAAGGGCCUUCGAAAAAAGCGACUACAUCAAAGCCGCAGACACAGCCACAACAGCGGACUCGAACGGGCUUUUUCUCUUCACGUCAACCCACCACGCAGCCCACCACGCAGCCCACCACACAGCCUACCGCACAGCCUACCAGCACGGAGAAUCCGACGGGUUCCAAAGUCACAUUUGUGGGCCCACGCCCCUACAUUCCAGCGCGCAAAUGA